UGCAACUGUUAAAUCGUAAAGAUAAAAGAAGUACCGAGCGUUGGCGACGGCAAUGACACCGCGAAGAGGCGAGCCGCACUCUUUUUCCCUCGAGCGAAUUAUUUAUCAUAGUUUCUAGAUUCGAAACAAAGCGCAAAGUGCAGGCGAAGUAAAAUCUCCGACUAUCUAAAAUCUAAUUUUAGAAUUCGUCACAGCUCAUUCGUGUCGUGUCUUGUACCUAGGAUAAAAGUGGCGUGUGCGUGGAUGUAAUGCUGAUUAGAUUACGAUUGUCUGAUUCCAUCGAGAUCGUUGAAAAUGUUCGCGACAAAGGGGUGCACCAAAUUCCACGGGUUCCUGAGAGAAGCUUAUGACGCCGGAAGGGCGGAACCAUUCGCUGCCCGCUUCAACGACUCGUCCGCGAGCGGGGACAGAGAAGGAAUGAUUAAGGUUCUCAUGGAUAUACCAUGCGUAAAAACUCUGAUAAUCGCUGAGUCGUACAGGGGUAAGGAUGACGUCAAGGCGGCGGAGGUUUAUAGUAAAAUAGGCGAAGCGAUCGCUGGGAAUGGAGUUGCGGGUGAACAGGAAAGUAGAAUUAGUGUUCUCACCGAAACGCUGUUUGCGGCCAGUGUGACUAGUAGAUUGUUUCUGAGAGCUCUGUCCGAAUGCGCCCAGCACUGUUACGACUUGAAGGCUUUCACCGGCUGCCUGAGGUACUGCGAGUGCAUGCUUGCGCUUCCUGCGGGCUUGUACGAUAAGACCGGCGAGAGCAUGAGCGAUUUCUUGGAGCGUAGGAGAGCGUGCGCGUAUUUGAGGGACGAAUGCUUUAAGAUGUUGAAGCGGUCAUCUUCCAGGGGAAGAAGAACGCGCCGGAAGUGCGAUCAGAAACAGAGCUCCUCCUCGGAGGACGCAUCGCGAAACGGGCAGGUACCGGCAAGGGCGACAGCAACGGUACCGGUCGUCGACGGUAAACGACACCCCGUUCUCCAAAGUUGCUCCGACGCUGUGGCCCUGGAGUUCGACGAAAAGAGAGGCCGACGCCUCGUAGCGACCAGAAACAUCAAAGCGGGAAGCGUGCUGAUCGUCGAGCGACCGUUCGCGUUCGCCACGAACAAGGACGCGCUCGAUACGAAUUGUUCGCAUUGUCACGUUAGCUUUAAGUCGAGCGACACCGUUAAAAUUCCGUGUCGCUUCUGUCGAGCUGUGGGCUUCUGUUCGGAGAAGUGUCGCGAAGAGGCAUGGAGCACGUACCAUCGAUUCGAAUGUUGCUUACUCGAUGGCUUUUACGAGAAUCGUUCGGAGGAAACGCAACUGCAGGUUUCCCGUUUGUUGCUGGCUUAUAGAAUGACUGUUAUAGGGUCUUUGUCUUCGAAAAGUAGAAACGCGGGGAGCGACGAUAACGUGGACAAUGAGAUUCCGUUUCUGGACGACGAUUUCCUUCGGUGUCACGACACGGAAGCGAACGAAGGACACGGGAGCGAGCCGGGGAUCAGCGAGAUUUAUCGGUCUCAGGAUUAUCGGACCGUGUUGGCUUUGACGACGCACUGCGCGACCCUGGACAGCAACGUGAACCUGAUCCGCGCCAUCGAGGCGGUCUUUUUAACGAAGUGUUUCAUUUUCGCUUUGGGUAAAAUGGAUGUUGUUUGUUUGAAGGAAGCCUUCCUCUGGUUGGCUGUAGGAAUGUUUCACCAUUUGCAAGCCAUCCAGUGCAACGCGUACGAGAUCGUGGAGAACGUGUACAAGGAAACGAGCCACGUGUGGGAACCGAGGGAGAUCGGCGGAGCAAUUUAUCCGACAGUCAGUCUCGUAAAUCAUAGCUGUUAUCCGAAUGUCGUGCGUCAUUCGUAUCCAGCUGGAACAGUCGUGGUAAGAACGUUGCGGUUCAUCGGCAAGGGUAAGGAAAUUCUCGAUUGCUACGGACCACACUUCCUUAGCGAGAAGAGACUGCAGAGACGGGAGCAUUUGGAGAGAAAGUAUCAUUUCCUGUGCGAGUGUGAGGCUUGCAUGGAAAACUGGCAGUAUCCUUUACCCGAAACGAUGAUCUAUAAAUGCAGUACGUGUUCGGAAGGUAUCGGUGUCCUUCCUUCGAGCGAAAAGAAUACUCGGUACGCGGCAGCCGUGCAAUGCCGUAGAUGCAAUGAGAGAAUCGAUUGUAAGAAGUUAGAGGUUCAAUUCCGGAAAUCGGUUGACAAGCGAUUGAACGCGAUUUCAAAGAUGUACGAAGGCUGUUACGCACAGGCGUUGCCGCAAUUGCUUGAGCACAUACACUUUAUUGAAAAGUUCUUUCUUGCACCCAAUAUCGAAACUAUCAAAACACAACAAUGUAUCAUUCAAUGUUACAAUCAGUUUGGCUGUAUCUCUCAAUAACAAUACGCUAACAAUUAUGUGUGUAUGUAUAAAUAUGUAUACACCGAUACACGAUUUGGGAUUUAUAUCACAAUGGAUUUAAAAAGAACAGAAUUUUCACGGUAUCUUUUUGUAUUAGGCACCAUCGUACCGAUGGAUCCUGCGAGCAGUGGAAAAUACUGCUACAUAGAAUAGUUACAGACUGCCCCCGCGCUCACGACUGGUGACACAUUUUUUCCCCGUUUUCAUGUCUUACGGCUACCAAGAAAAUUGACGAAUCCUAAAUAAAUUAAUCGCCGGUAUUCGCACGUGAAUACAUGAGUACAUUAAAGCGUUUCAAGUGUAGUUGUGACAUGAGCACCAUUCAUAUUGAUGGCAAUACUUUCGUAUUACUUGGUAUUAAUUGUGCUGAUGAUUGCUAUAAAUGCACGUGUUACGGUAUUGUGUGUUUUACGCUUAGAAUGUGAAAUUAAAAGAAAAUGCGUAAACCUUAAAAAUUAUUCUAAUCGGUGUAGUAGAGACACUGAUUGCAUGAAAAAUAAAAAUUAUAUAUAUAUAUACAUAUGUAUGUAUAUAUGUAUAUACACAGUGGAUCGAUACACGCGUAGUUUCACUCUCGUCAUUUACCUACUAAAACGCCAAAAUGUCUAUAUUAAACUAUAACUUCGUGGCGGUGGUUGUAUGCGUGUGUAUAGUGUACAAGUUCGGUUACCACAUAUGCGUCUCUCGAAUUUCACUAAUUAUAUGACCAGCUUGAGUUAGUGCCUGAAAUAGAAAAUAUAUAAAUGUAAAUUUCAGAUUUGAUUUAUAUAAUACAGAACGUCUCGCCGUGCACAAUUGAAUAUACCUUUAGCAUGUCUGCCGCUUCCUUGCGUCUGAUGGCAACGUGUUCACUUUCGUUUAAAAGUAGUUCGGCGUGAUCAGAUUUAUACAAAUGAGUUACAAGCUCGCUUUGUAAAUUAUCUUUAACAUAGUUGACUAGGAAAUGCAUGACAGCUUUUGGUACGCUAUCCUGUAUGGAUUUUCUUACGAUAUAAAAGUAUGAUUUUAUUAGUCUCUCUGCAAAGUUGUACGUUUACAUUAGUAUACACGAAAUCAAACUGGUAUUGCACGAGGUAAUUGAAAAUCCCCUUUCCCCACUUACCAAUAACUUCACAGUCUCGUUGUUCUCGCUCGCUGAGUUUGCGAGACGUUUGCGUUGGUACUACUGGAAGUAGAUUUAUUGGUUUCUGUUGAGGAGAUGCUUUUUGUAUUUCGAUCAUUGGAUUUGAGUCUGUAUUUGGAUUAGGAGACAUGCUGUUUUCUCGAUUUUUUACAGGUGAACCAUCGAUCGAACUGUUCGAAUCGAUUUUCCCAUGAGGCAACCAAUUAGUUAAUAACCAAGGCAUCGAUUGCUCCUUAUUCUGCUCAGAAAAAGAUGUCACAUCGUCUUGACUAUUAUUGUCUGAUUUCGAAUUCUGUUAGGAAGGUGUCACAAGUUUUAGUUACACGACAUAUUCGUCAAACUAGUACAAGGAUACAAACAUUUGAAAUGUUAUGUAUGUUCUUCAAUGAAAUUUUAAAUAAUCAACUUUAUACGGAUGAUUGUAAAGGUAUAUCGACAGAAAAGUUAGUCACUGAAAAACUAUUUUAAGAGUAAAUUGUUUAUGCU